AAUUUUCAAAGAUUGGCAGAGUCAUUGAUAAAACCAUCAGAUAUUAGAACAGCACCAAUUCUCCAUGGGAGGAAGUAUGAAGAUGCUGCAAUUAGAAAGUACGAAAACAUUUCUCAAAAUAAGGUCACAAGAUGUGGAAUCUUUGUUUGUGAAGAGUUCCCGUUCUUGGCAGCAUCACCUGAUGGGUUUAUCAAUGACUCAACUGUGAUUGAAGUUAAGUGUCCAUAUGUUGCCAAG